AUGACCUCCCACAAACAGCCUAACAACUCGAACAUUAGCGAUUUGAACACAAUAAAUGGAUUUGACCCUCAAUUUUACAUAUGCUGGCGACGACAAUCCUGCUCUCAAUGUCUAGCAGGGGAUGUGGAUUGCAGCUGGUGUGCAAUAUCAUCAACUUGCGUCCCUAGUGGAAGCCGGGUACCAAUAUUAGCGCCUAUCAUAUCGGAUCAGAUCUGUCCGCUUGGCUCAAAGGAAAGAUGGGAGCUCCGGGCAGCACCCUUUGGGUGCAAUGUUAGUACAACGACAGUUCUAUCGACUACAGUCGCGAUAGCAGGGACCAUCUCUUUGCUGUGCCUUGGGCUCUUAGUCUUCUGGCUAGCGACACGCCUCCGUUCUCGUUUGAAACAGACAGAGUAUGAGCGCUUGGACAGUGAAUCUGAGGAACGAUCGUGGCGCCGGUGGCUCGGUUUAGAUACGAUUCUGUCAUUGGCUCGUCGCUCUAGCCAGGGGCAGAUACAGGGGCAAGAAUCGAUUCAAACUACAGAAGAGGCACUAGAAGAAGGGGAGACUAGGCCUUUGUUACAAUAA